AACUUGAAGGCUUUGUUGGAACCGCAAGGAAGGAUUAUCACAUUCAUUAGUGAUCGUGGUGUUGGUUUGUUGAAGGCAUUUGAUCUCAUUUUUCCUGGUAAUCCUCAUCUUUACUGUUAUCAUCAUUUGCGAUACAACUUUAGUCGAAAGUAUAAGAACAAAGGAGGGGAAAUUGUUGUUGCUGAUGUGUUACAAAAAUUCUUUAAAUUGGCUUAUGCAUCGACUGAGAAAUCUUUCUACUUUCAUUUAAAAAAUUUGAGAGAUGAGGGUGGUGCUGCUACUAUUGAUGAAUUCAUAAGGGAGAUUCCAUUGGAACAUUGGUGCCGUGCUUUUUUUAAAGGUUGUCGGUAUGGGAUUAUGGCAAAUGGUAUUGCUGAAUCCUUUAAUAACUGGAUUGUUGCUGAGCGUUCACUGCCCCCUUUCGCUAUGUUAGAUCAAACUAGAAUGAAAGAAAUGAAGAUAAUGUCAGAAAGGAGUGUUGAGUCGAAAUCUUGGACUACCAAGCUUACUCCUAAAAUGGAGAAGAGGCUGAAAGAGCAGCUUGAUAGGUCUCGUGUGUUCAGGGUGAUUGCUUCCCAUGAAAAUGUUUAUGAGGUUAGGAAUGAUAAGUACUCCUAUUCAGUGGACCUCUCUACUCGUACUUGUUCAUGUGUGAAGUGGCAGAUUAAUUGCUUCCCAUGCGCUCAUGCACUUGCUACUAUACAAGGUGCAAGACUUGAUGUGUAUGAUUUCAUUGAUCCUUAUUUUACUGCUGAAUACUAUAGGAUAUGUUAUAGCUUUCCUAUUGCACCUCUGAGUAACGUGGACGCCUCUUGUUCUUCCAUUGAGGACUUUAUACUACCUCCUGUUACAAAGAGGCCGGCUGGGAGGCCUAAAUCAAAGAGGAUAGCAUCUGCUGGUGAGAAGAAGCUGAUUCGAUGCGGUCGUUGUAAUAAGAUGGGCCAUCAUAACAAGAAGAGCUGUACAGAACCUUUGAACAUGUUGCUGUAG